AUGCUCCGUCGCAUCGCCGCGUUCCGGCCGCCGCCGUCACGCGCGGCGGCGGCGGCGCCCGUGGGCGGGGCCAACGCCGGCUACUCCUCCAAGUCCACCUCCCUCCCCCAGAAGCAGAGGCGCGUGCGCGACCACGCCUUCGACGGCAUCAUGGAGGUCCAGAAGCGCGUCCGCCGCUUCCUCGCGCUCCACGCCCUGCUCCUCUACGCCGCCUCCCCCACCGCGCCCUCGGGCGCCUUCUCCGCCGGCGGGAGCGGCGCGGUCUCCGUGUCCUUCUCCCGCCUCGGGGCCCUCGCGCGCCGCCAGCUCCGCCUCUCGCCCCUCGACGCCGGCCAAUUCAUGCUGCGCCACCCGCACGCCUUCCACCUCUUCCUCCACCCCGUCCACCGCAUCCUCCACGUGCGCCUCACCCCGCGCGCCGCCGCCGCCUUGCGCCUCGAGGCCGACGCCAUCACCGCCUCGCGCCCCGCCGCCAUCCUCCGCCUCCGCAAGCUCCUCCUCCUCGCGCCCCCGCACCACCGCCUCCGCCUCGAGAACAUCCACCUCCUACGCCGCGACCUCGGUCUCCCCGACGAUUUCGCCGACUCCAUCAUCCAAUCCAACCCCGCCCUCUUCCGCCUCACUCCCGACGGCUUCGUCGAGCUUGUGCCCUCCCCUGACGACCCACCCGACCUCACCGUCGCCGCCGUCGAGCGCUCCCGGGAGCGCCACUACCGCGAGCACCGCUCUCCCGGGGAUGGCGAGGAGGACGCGCGCUUCGCGUUCCCCACCCGCUUUCCGCCGGGCUUCAAGAUCGGCAAGUACUUCCGGAUUGCAGUUUGGAAAUGGCAGCGGCUCCCCUACGCGUCCCCGUACGCGGACGUCUCUGGCCACGACCUGCGCUCGCUUGAGGCGCAGCGCCGCAUGGAGAAGCGCGCUGUCGCGGCCGUCCAUGAGCUGCUCUCUCUCACGGUUGAGAAGCGUACCACGCUGGAGCGUCUCGCCCUGUUCCGCGACGCCCUUGGUGUGCCCAAGAAGAUCAAGGAGUUCUUGCUUAAGUACCAGGGCAUAUUUUACAUAUCCACAAGGGGAAACCAGGGAAAGCUGCACACUGUGUUCCUCAGGGAGGCAUUCUACAAAGGGGAGCUUCUGGAUUCCAAUGAGAUACAUGAUGCAAGGAGGAAACAGGAGGAGCUACUCUUGAUGAGCCCAGAGAAGGCGAAUUUGGAUCGCAUGUUCACCAGCAUGGGUCGUGGAUGGGAUGAGCUUGGUGGUGGUCGUCGUGGUGGAGCAGAAUUGAGGGAGAAGUUUCUUGGGGAUGCUGGUGGCCGAAAGAGAAAUAAUGGUGGUCAUGAUGAUGAUGAUGAUGGUGCCGAUAGCGGGGAGGACUCAGGAGUCGAGUCACUCUACAUCGAAUGAGGAAUCAAAUCAUACUUUGGCACUGAAUGUUAUCUUGGGAAUGGGAAGCUUUGCUUCUGAAACUGGCGAGGGUACUGUCUGGGAGGAUUGAUUUCUCGUGCUAGCGUCAACACCGUUGCGUACUGAUCUUGAGGAGAGAAAGCUAAUAUUCUGAGGUGAAAAUUGGAGUGGGGUAUCAUGCUAAAACUGAUGACACUUCUGACUUGAUAAAGUGAUCACCCUGGGUGCUACCAGUACCAUGCAUCUGCAUCAAAUGGCUGUUGGCAUCUUCAGCUGCACCAAUUGUGCCAAGGGACAGACAUAGGCAGAAGAAUCCCUUUCUGCUCCCAAACUAAUCUGAUCUGUGUGUUCUGACUUGCAUAAUGGAUAUGCAUCCAGGUCUGCAGACCAGACGUGCGGUCAGCAGUCAAGAGCUUAGUUAUCUUCAGACGAGGAACUUACCCUUGAGGAAUGUUCGGCAUUAUACCGCGAAUCAGAUACAGAUAUCGGUAUCAAAUUCUGGAAGCACGAAUACUGAAUUGCAGCACAUGAUGUUUUUCCUCUCCAUGUUCUGUUUGCUAGAGCUACUAGUAAAUUAGUAAUGAUCCAGUUGAUGUAAUUCUCUAGUGUAUCGAUUCAGCUGGGCUUAUCUCUUGACUUCUUUUAGUGAAUCUGGAGACCACAGUAAGUAAAGCCACGUUCAUCAUCCCCGAUUUGAAGAGUUUAGC